AUGUCCACCCUCAACCAAGAACAAAUCAAAGUCCUAGAGCAGUCUCGCCAGCGACUGGUUCAAUUAACGCGCUCACUGGGCUCUCUGAUUGCAAGCCUAAACCAAAGCGACCCUCUCCCACCGUGGUCCUCCCUCCAAUCCCAAGCAAGCAUCAUCUCCAACAAUCUCCUCAGCGUCUCAGAACAACUCUCCGACCAGCGCGACCUCCUCUCAACACUAGUCGCCUACCCAGGCCCCGAGUACCCAGGCCGAACGCAAGCAAACAUACUCGAGCAACUACUCCGCACAAAACUCGACCCCCGCGUCGAAGACUGGGUUGCGCGCGGCCGCACAGCAGGAACAGCGAGCACGGAGGGUUCAGACAAGCUCAGCGACGCGCAGCUCGCGGCGCUGUGGGAGUGGGCGCCGCUGGAGGCGAACGCUGAAGCGCGGCGGAGGAACUGGGGCGGGAAUUUCACGCUUGAGGAGCGCGAGGCCGGGAUUGAGAAUGUUGUUACGGGAUUGAAGAGGCAGCUUGUUGACGAGGAGGAGUCGGAGGAUGAGAGCGACGAAGAAGCCGAGGAGGAGACGGAUGAUGUUGUGGGUGUUCGACGGAAGCCUGGGGCGGCUGGGUUGGAGUUUGAUAUUGCGCCUCAUCAUGAGCAUGCGGUGCAACCGUUUGUGCCGCUGGAUCUUAUUCUUAGACAUAUGACUACGGGGCGGAUGCCGUAG